AUGGCUAUGUCGACCUCUUCGGCUGCGGAAAUGAUCUCCCAACUGGAAGCAGCGCGUAAACUCGCCUUGUCAGAUCCUCAAGUGUACAACCAGGUCCUCCCAGGGAUCUUACCCAUCAUCGGUCCUGCGGCGCAUGUCGAAAUUCGAAGAUGGGGUGCGGAUUUCCUCGCAGAGGCGUUCGCGAGCCCUUCCCUCCCUAAUGCUCAGAAAGAACAGCUUUCCUCGGACGUGCUUCCCACCCUACGAGCCAUGUUGGAGACACCGGGAGAAGAUCCUGCGGUGGUCAAGAGCGUGAUACAAGCAGCGGCUAGUCUCUACCCUCUGGUGUUCAGACGAGUAAUUUCACACCCCACAGAAACUGCCAUGUGGCAGGACAUGAGUCGGAUGAAAUUGAAUAUUCUGCAGCGUAUGGAUUCUGCUCCUAUCGCGGUCAGAGUGUGUUGCAUCAAAUUUGUGCAGAAGGUCGUCCACGUAGAGACCCCUGGUUUGAUUUCCGACCCUCGACGCCCCGAGCAAAAUGAGAUCUCCAUCGCCUUGGUCCCCCGAACACAUCCUUUACUGCAGCUGCCCAACCUGGAGGCGGAGGCAUCUGGUCUGCUGGACAGGCUAUUGAGUGUAUUCCACGAGACCCCGAUGGAUCCCAUUCUUAUUGAUGCGACGCUUAACUGCCUGGCCGUCCUGAUCCGAACACGGCCCUCCAUUUCCACCAAGAUUCUCUCUGCCAUUCUCAAUUUCAACCCCAUGAAACAGGCAAACGCCCCCAUGACCCCUCGGCUGAUGGUCAUCGUGAGAUCAAUGGAAAGAACAACGAGGGCUCUGUUGCGGUGGGCUCUGAAGGCUGUCCCCAACCACCCUCUAGAACAGAAGAUCCAGGCCUAUCUCAUGCGUCUUCAGCAGUCACGUUCUACAUUAUUUGCAGAACCUACGGCCCAGAAACGCCCCGCAGAACCGACCGACGGGCUGGAUGAUGCAAAACGCCAGAGACUCACAGCAGGAAUUCGCAAGUUCCCACCGAUGCCGCCACCACCCAACACCUACGCCCAUCUAUUCACGCUCACCGACGAUAUCAGCCUUCAGCAGUUUGACGUGACUCUUCUCCCUGCGGACAUCGUCAGCACGGUCACGGCGAUUUUCUUACAGCACGUUGAUUCGAAUACUGUGGAUGGGGCUGUCGAGGCAGUCCGGUCCAGAUACACUCACUUGCAGAAAGUGAGUCAACCGACUCCGGUGCCCGAUGUGCCUAUGCUGGGCCCCACAGGGAUUGAUGACGAGGAUGACUACGAUCCUGAAUUUGCCACUGGCACGGAGCAGAUUGUUGAGUCAACCACAGAAAGAGCCCUGGAGCAGCUCGCGCAACCAGCCAUUGAGUUGGGUCCAUUUGAGCUCCCUAAGCCCCCGCCACUAACAGGGGCGGAAGUUGCGACAUUAUCAGAUCAGACUGUAGGACAUGUUUUUCAACUGGUUGCCUCGCUCGAGGCCGCGGGACACUCGCACACCAAGCAGCAACUUGGUCUGAAUCGCAUAGCCGCCAGCGGUAACGACCGAGACUCCUGGGCAACAAUCCUCAUGCGCCUGGCGACCAGAUCACCGACCGGCCUCGAUGACGUUGUCAAAGCCCUGAACGACGACGACGAUGAUGCCAUCAGGCCGCUCAUUAAAUCAGAAAACGCCGAAGAGACAGCCAAUGUCGCCAAUCGCAUCCGCCAGACCCUGUUCAUGUAUGUCCUGGAAGACUUCCGACCGCGCCUUAACAUGGCCAUCUCCUGGUUGACGGAGGAAUGGUACGCCGACAAAAUGACGGCAAAGACACAUCCGGAGCUCGGCCAUCUACCCAACUACACCCGUUGGGCGACCCGGCUCAUCGAUCGUCUUGUCCCAUACCUCGACGCCCGUGAUAAAAAUCUCUUGAUUCGCUUCCUUUCUGAAAUCCCUAGCGUCGACCGCGAGAUUCUGAGUCGGGUCAAGAGCUUGGCGAGAGAUCCCGAACGGAUCAACAUGUGCAUUCUUGCGAUGCAGUACCUCCUGUUGAUGAGACCGCCGGUCCGCGACAUGGUGUUGGACACGAUGGAAGGGAUCUGGAGAGAAGGAGACGAUCAGGCCCGAGCGGCCACACGCAAGGUGCUCGCGAAGUGGAGACCGGGCUUCCUGGAAAAGGCCGUGAAGGAAGAAGAAGAAGAGGCUGAAUAUAAUAAUCAGCCGGAUGUGAAGCAGGAGACGAAGUCGAAUGGAGUUGUUGCCAGUCAUGCCCCUGCUGGCCCCGUUGCUGCUGCUGCUGCUGCUGCUGCUGCCGCUGCUGCCACCGCUGCUUCAGACCCAGCAGCCAUGGACGCAGCAUCGGAUCCGAGAAGGAGGAAGGCCCUGGCGGCCGCAAAUGGAUGA